GCUGAAUAGAUAACUAUUUUUGCUGUUAGUGCUUGUCCAUGGGCCCGUACAACUGGUCCUUUUCUGCUCAUCCAAACUUCUCCCUUCCUUGUGAGAUAGCUCAUCCUUGAGCAAUGGUUGUGGGCUUGUGGCCAAAGUUGCUGCUCGUGGUAGCCGCAUGCUGCCAAGAAGUUUUUAUGUGUCCAGUCUUCCAGGACUUAUGCAUCCAUGGAGUCUUGGCCGGCAAUACCACAGCAACACCUCAGCACUCACACACACACUCACACCGAGAGGGAGGAAGAAGAGGAGAAUAGAGAACACUCAGUUUGGUGCUGCUGAACUGAGCUGCAGCUGCUCCUAGCUCCUACCUCAUUCAUAUGUCAAGUGAGGCACAAGUCAAAAAUAAGGAGGUGCGGAUGCCGGCGGCUGGUUCAAAAGAGGCACCUAAAAAUCCUAGUGAACUAAAAGAUGACACAAGCUCGUCACGGAACGAAAAGCAGAUAGUUUUGCGUGCGUUGUCGAGUUCACCUUUCAAAGACUACCAUGUCUGGUGGUCUCUUUCAGAUUCAAAAUAUGCAGGAACAGCUAUGUUUAUAAAGAAAAAGUUUGAACCUAAGGAGGUGUCUUUUAACUUGGAUAGAAAAUCUUCCAAGCAUGAAACGGAUGGGCGUGUCAUAAUUGUGGAAUUUGAAUCAUUUCUCUUACUAAACACUUAUGCUCCAAACAAUGGAUGGAAGGAGGAAGAAAAUUCAUUUCAAAGGAGACGUAAGUGGGAUAAGAGAAUGCUAGAAUUUGUUCAACGCAUAGACAAACCCUUAAUCUGGUGUGGGGACUUGAACGUCAGCCAUGAAGAAAUCGAUGUCAGCCAUCCUGAUUUUUUAAUCAGUGCUAAGCUGAAUGGAUAUACCCCGCCAAAUAAAGAGGACUGUGGACAGCCAGGAUUCACCCUAGCAGAGAGGCAUCGCUUUGGUAACAUAUUGACCCAAGGAAAGCUGGUAGAUGCUUAUAGACACCUGCAUAAAGAAAAAGAUGUGGAUAGAGGUUUCUCCUGGUCCGGUCAUCCAAUUGGCAAGUACCGAGGAAAGAGAAUGAGGAUCGACUAUUUCAUUGUUUCAGAACAAUUGAAGGACAGAAUAAUUUCAUGUGAAAUGCAUGGCCAUGGAAUUGAAUUAGAAGGAUUCUAUGGAAGUGACCACUGCCCUGUUUCACUUGAGCUCUCCAAAGCAGCAACAGAAGCACCGUAACCCCCCAGGCCAUCCAGCUAAAAUUUGUGUGCUGCUAUCUUGACCUGUCACUCAUCAUGGUAGUUAUUAGGGUUGUUGAAUAUACUAGUGUUGGGCCUAGGGAUGGCCAUUGUUUAGCAUUUUUCCUUUAGUAAAUCUGAAUAUGCCAUGCAAAUGUGCAAUUCAUGCUCUAGCUGGCUGGGUAUGGCAGAACCAACCUGAAUUACACCGGCUCAGAUACGCUAGUCCUCUUUUAAGGGCUCCAAUCGUACUUCAAACAGUGUAA